AUGACGACCGCCGAGCUUAGCCAAAAGCCAGAGAAUGAGCCCUUGAUGGCCACCGUGGAGCAGCUCCUGGGGCUCAUCGAGUCCUUCAUCGAGUUGGGGGUAUUGGUCCAUGACAACCAAGGAACCCAGCAAUCGCACACGGCAUUGACCCACAAGACCAACCAGGUAGUCAGCCAGUUGUCCGGCUUGACGGCGAGCCCGUUCACACACCAGUACCCCAUCCCAGUCGAUGUGAUCUCCUACAUUGAGGAUGGACGUAAUCCCGAUAUCUACACCAGAGAGUUCAUCGAAGUGACGGCCAAGAGCAAUGCCAGACUCAAGGGCAAGAUGCAGGGCUUUGCCAGGUUGAGAGACGUUUUGGGGGAAANGUUGGGCGAGGAGUUUCCCAGGCUCAAAGAGAGUAUAGAGGACAUCAAAAAGAGGACCAAUGGAGCCACCUAG